AUGGUUCUGAGUGCCUGGGCCUAUAUGUCGUUGGGUGGUGUUGAUAUGGUGACUCAGACCACCAUUCCACCUGUAGGGUCAAUCCCCCCUACAUCAGCGAUCUGGAGGCCCAAACCAACGAUCACGAAUGGUGGCCUAAGGACAAAGAAUACGAGAAACACAUCACUGCUGGGUGUUCUGAAAUGGUUAUGGAAUGUGGCAGUGCAUCCUGUCUUGGAAGCACUGGGAAUUCGUCAGUCGCCAGCAGAUAAGAAGCUACCCCGAAUCUGGUGGACUGCGAGUGGUCUGAUGGCGCUGAUGCCUAUCCACGCCGCAGGGGAUCACACUUCAGACGCCGCUCCGAACACAUUUAAUUUCGUCAUCCCGUCCUAUACCACGACACUGAGAGCCCUCGCAUAUGCCCGCGAGAAUGAAUGGAAACCACUCCGAGGCACAGAUUGUGAGUUUGCCUUUAUCGCCUCACCAGACAACGCUAGAUCAAAAGCUCCUUUGACAGUGGAAGAAUCUGCUCGCGAGCUCGAUGAUGUUGUACGACAGCACUGUAGAACGCAGGUUCUCGUGGGACCUACAAAGCCUGAGACCCUUGGCAAUCUUGAAUCGUGCAACGCGGUGUACUUCGGAUGCCACGGUGAAUCAACGUCAACCCAGCCCUGCAAGAGCUAUCUCCAACUCGGCACCGAUGCUAAAUCGCACUUGACCAUCCAAGAGAUUCAAGGCUCGCGGCAUCAGAAAGCGCAGCUUGCGUACCUGUCUGCAUGCUCCACUGCAAACGUGUCAGCUAGGGAUCUUGUUGAUGAAGUAGUCCAUAUCGCUGGGGCCUUUUCGUUGCUGGGGUUUCGGCAGGUCGUUGGCACGUUCUGGCAGGCUAAGAACACGGCGGCUAGGGUAGUAGCUAAGCGGUUUUAUGAGGAGCUGAUGCUUGGGGAUGGUGGCGAUGAGGAUUGUGUCGCUAGGGCUUAUUAUACGGCGGUUAUGGAGCUGAGGGGAGGUAAUGUUCGGGAUCCGUUGGUUUGGGCUACUUUCGCUCACUUCGGGGCCUGA